GGCGGAUUUCUUAUCUUCUUUUUCCCUCUUCACCAUCCACCACAUCCGCCAAUAUAUCACGUCCAAAAUGCCUCCCAAGAAGAAGGUUGACCGACCCGCUAACGAGAACAUCUCUCUCGGCCCGCUGGCCGGAGAUGGAAAGCUCGUUUUCGGUGUCGCCCGUAUCUUUGCCUCGUUUAACGAUACCUUCGUCCAUGUAACCGAUCUCAGUGGUCGCGAAACCAUCUGCCGUGUCACUGGUGGUAUGAAGGUCAAGGCUGACCGUGACGAGUCCUCUCCCUACGCUGCUAUGUUGGCUGCCCAAGACGUUGCUGCUCGCUGCAAGGAGUUGGGGAUCAACGCCCUGCACAUCAAGAUCCGUGCGACUGGAGGCAACGGAACCAAGACCCCCGGCCCCGGUGCCCAGUCCGCUCUCCGUGCCCUUGCCCGCUCUGGCAUGCGCAUUGGCAGAAUCGAGGAUGUUACCCCUACCCCCUCCGACUCCACUCGCCGGAAGGGUGGUCGCCGUGGUCGUCGUCUGUAGGCAUCAGGGUGGUGGUCUCACCUACUAUACUUUCUCCAGGCUGUGCACAGUUGCAAAAGUUGCGAUUGCGUGUGGACCAAGGAUGGAUUGUGCGGGUAUCUUCUGGGUAUCUAUUAGCAUAUGUGGAUGGAAUAAACGCGAAGAACGGCAGUAUUCUCGCCUGGUCUUCUUUUCUUUGUGGAUUUUGUUCAUGUCACAGCAUUUUCCCUUGGAGCUGGGCGUGACUGCUGCAGCCCUACUGCGGGUUGCUGACUACAGUUUUGCCAGCUUUUGAAAUAGGGGUCUCUUGACAGUCUAUUAAUAAAAUGGAGAGAUUCUUAUUUACUAUUGA